AUGGCAGCACAACAGCAGUCGCUAGAAACGCUCCUGGGGAUUAGCAGUCAGCGCAAAUCGCUGAAACAGCAGCUUGACGCUGCGUCCAUUAAGGCUGAAUCUGGGAGAACGACUCUUGCUGAUCUCCCAACGGUCCAGAUCGGCUGCAAGAGGUAUGUACCAGAGGAGUAUAUUGCCAACAAGAAUCGCAAAGGCCGGCGGAGCUGGAUUCAAGCCCAUGGAUUCUUCCUCACGGAAGUCAGCCCUGAUUUGCGGACGUUGCAGACCUACUGGGUUUGCUCGAAAUGUGAUGAACGCGGGAAGAGCUCGUUGUUCGUCGCGACAAACACCACGUCGCCAAUUGAGCAUCUCCGAAGGUCCCAUAUGAUCACUGAGGCGGACGGCAAUGCAGACGAAGAU